AUGCCCACCCCACCCCUCCCCCGCAUCGCAUGUUUCCACGGCGGCGGCUCCAAAUCCACCAUCUACCAAGUGCAAUGCGCGCACCUCUCCAAGCUCCUCGAGAACGACUUCCAACUGAUCUUCUUCGACGGUCCGUUCACACGCGACGCCGGACCGGGCAUCCUCCCCGCGUUCCGCGGCCAGGAGCCCUACAAAUCGUGGUUCACGAAGGACGACACCGGGACGGAGCUAGGCGACGGAAGCGGGUACGACACCACGGGCCGGGACGGGGUCGAGCGGGUCUGGAAGAUGAUGGAGGAGGAGGAUCGGCAGCAGGCGGCGCAGGGCAGGGCGGUUGGGCCGUGGGUGGCGGCGAUGGGAUUCAGUCAGGGGACGAGGAUGGUGGGGGGGUUGUUGCUGGAUCAGCAGCGGAGGAUGGAAACGGCGUGGGAGGGGGAGAAGGUGCGGGCGAAGUUGAGGUUUGGGGUGUUGUGUAACGGGAGCGGGGCGCCGAUGGAGUCGGAGAUUGCGAAUCACAUCAAUUUCGAAAACGAGGUCGUUAAGAUUCCGACAGUGCAUGUCCACGGAACGAAGGAUAUAGUGCUGCCGCUGAGUCGGCACCAAUACGACACAUUUUACGAUUCGGAGUCGAGGAUACUAUAUGAGAUCGAUUAUCACCAUGCGAUGCCGUGGGUGAAGGAGGAGGUCGAGCAGUUGGCAUCUUUGAUACGGCAGACGUACAAGGAGAACCUGUGA